AUGGCAAAUCCACUCUCAGAUCAACACAUGCUUUUGCGUCAUUGCUUGUUGUUGUGUUUGAUAGGAAGUUUGAUGAUUAUCAGUGGCAAUUGUUUGGCAAUUCAACCAUACUCACCUAAAUCAAAAAUUAUUGCUGGAAUAUUACCUGCUGGUAAUAUAUCAAGUUCCGACACCAAUAUAUUUCCAGAUUCCUCUCUGUUUAUGGAUGGUGAGGCUGGAAUUUUGGUAUUUGGUAAUGGAUGGGGAACUGACUCUGAUGCCACAAUUACUGACCCUUUAAAGGUAGUAAUCUCAGAUGAUAUCACCUCUGUGGAAAUAGACAAAAGCACGGGAGAUAUUUAUAUUGGAGAAAUUACAUGUAUAAGAAAAAUUGACGCUAAAACAGGUAGAGUAAGCAUUUAUGCUGGUAACUGCAGAGUUUCAAGUAGUUUUUUUGAUGUUGCAUUGUCUAACUCAUUAUUCGAACAGAUUCAUUCGUUACAAUUUUGUAAUGGAGAAUUGUACUUAACUACAAAGAAUAGGUUGCAGAAAAUAUUCAAUAAUAACGGUCAAAUGUGGUUAACCACUUUAAAAUUUGGAUCUUCUAUGAACUGGUUAGAAUGUUUUAAUGGUUCCUUAAUUGUUGAUUUUAAAUUCAACGGAUUAUCUGGAAAACCUAAUAUUGCAUAUGCAGCAGUUGAUGAAACUAAGGGUGAUAUUUAUUUUGCGGACAAUAAGCUCUGUAACAUACAAAAGUUGUCUGGGGGAAAUUUUUCCACAACUAUUGAUUGCAAGAAAGAAGUGGAUAUCCAAACUCUUCCACUCUCAAUUUAUGCCGCUGAUUCAUCUUUCGAUGACACUGGUUUGUAUAUAGCUGAUAGAAGGAGUAUCAAAUUCCUUAAUUAUUCAACAAAUGCUCUCAGUUUUGUUGGUGGUUAUCCAGAAGCUUCCACCGAUAUUUGCUUCUCAAACAUUAGGUCUAUUCAUAGUACUGAUAAGGGAAUAUUUAUAGUAUUAACACUUGUUUUUAAAACAAAGUCUUACGGUCCUAUUAAGCUUGAAUUAUUCGAAGAUGAACUUUACUUUUUAUUGCCAAGUUGGUAUACUCAAAGAUUGGGUAAAAUUACACUGAAUGGUUUAAUUUUUUUCUUUGAUAUUCCACAACCGACUGUUGACACCUUCAGUAUGAAUGAUGGUAAAAUUUAUUACAGCUACGGUGGUAGUCUUUAUGUGUAUGACUUGUAUACUGGAAGUUUAACAUUAUCAAUUUCUAAUUUUAAUCAAGAAAUUUUUUACAUUGAGAAUGAACAAAUGUUUUAUUUUGAUUAUGAAAAUGAAGGAAGUUAUGCAAUCAAGGAAUAUUCAUUGGACACAAAAAUAACUAGAUAUUGGGACAAUAACUUUAAUUUCGAGAAAGAUACUUUACUUUUUAGCUAUGUUUCUACUUUGGAUUUCUAUGUGAUAGUAGAGUUUAAUCAAGUAAGAAAAAUAGUUAAGGAAAUGAAUUCUUGUUAUGGAAUUCUGUCAUCUGAUCCAAGUGUUUGUAAUGGAAGAGGCCGUUGUGUUGAAACUGACACAUGUCAAUGUUUCUCUGACUCUAAAGUUAAAAUAUCAGGAUUGUCUUGUGAGCAAUUGCUUUGCAAAAGCAUUUAUAAUGGUGUAGAGUACUUUUUAGACAGUAAUGACCCAAGAGUAUGUUCUAAAAACGGAAAAUGUACUUUUAACUCAACCAAUCCAGAAGGUUGCUCUUGUAAAUCUGGAUACUUUGGAGAAAGUUGUGAGAAAUUUGGCUGUUUUUCAAUACCAAAGAAUGAUGCAAAUGUUUGCUCAGGGAAAGGAAAGUGUGUAGACAUGGAUACGUGUCAGUGUUUAGAUGAUUCAAAUGGUCAUUAUUAUGGCCCAAGUUGUAGUUCCUGCCAUCCAGGUUAUUCUGGAAUUCAUUGCACUGAAAAAGCUUGUUCUGCUUCCACUUGUGUGAAUGGUGUAUGUGGAGGUGAUAACCAAUGUACUUGUUCUGGUAAUUUUACAGGAAUUAUUUGUGAUAAUUGUAUAAUUGAUCAUUAUGGAUCUGAUUGUAAAGUCUUAUGUAAUGAAAAGUCUACAUGUCUUGGUCAUGGAGCAUGUGAUUCCACAGGCACUUGUGUGUGUUAUGCAGAUAGAGAACAGGGAUAUUGGAAUGGUCCUAAUUGUGAUUCUUGUUUGAAAGGGUAUUUUGGAAGUGAAUGUUCAACCUAUUUCUCUUCAUUCAAUUCUUCAUCAACAUCAAAUAUUAUUGGUCAAAUAUCAAAAUAUUUUGAUGGAAUAUUGUUCAAGUUGUUUGGACCUUCAUCUUAUUCAAUGAAUUCAGUAAUGUGUUCUUUAUUGAUUCAUUCCCACGAUCUGGCCUUACUAGGUUCUGAACCAAAAUGUUAUUGGACUGACAAGGAGACUGGAAAUUUCAAAAUUGAAUUUGAUAAUGACUUCAUUUUUGAUAUUUCUCAAACAAAAAGUAUUAGAUUGAACACUAACGUAUUUUCAAAAUCCAAGGAAGCUGAUUUUAUUGGAUUGUCAUUAAUUUUGUCAGAGGAAAUGCAGCUACCAAUUUCUGUUAUCCAAACUACAAAGAAACUCUAUUCAACUUCUGAAAAUGUUCAUAUCAGUGGUGCAAAUAGUUUUUCAGGAGACAAGAAAGGAUUAGAAUAUUAUUGGGAUGUUAGUGGAAAUAUUAGUAGUAAUUUAUUGCAGUCCAUCAGACUGAUUCGAGAUCCAAUACUUAAAAUUGAUAAGGGAAAAUUAACUAGUGGUUUUUAUACCAUAAAUUUGAUUGUAAAAAGCCAAGUAAGCAAAUUAGUUAGCUCCCAGUCCUCAGAAAAUAUUGAAAUACAAAAUGUUGAAUUUCCCUCAGUUGUUAUUUCAGGAAAAAAGGAAUUGGUUAUGCUCUCAACUGAAAAGUCAGUUAUUAUUAAAAAGACAACAAGUCUUCCUUCUUUAUUGAAAGAUAAGGAAAUGAAGGUUGAGUGGCAACUUGUUGCAGGACCGACAAUCAAAUUUGAGAAGGAUUCGUACAAUAAUUUACUGAUCCCACAAUUUUCAACUGGAAAACGUGUCUAUAGCUUCAAAGUUUCAAUUUAUUCUGUUGAAAAUCCUUCAUUAACCUCAAGUGAUACUGUAAUAAUUAAUACUGAACAACCAUCCCUCACACUUUCACUUAUACUAACAAAGAACUCAAAUGCUUCUCAAUCUUGUCUACAAAUUAAUUUUCAAGAUCCUGAGAAUAAUACAGAUGAAAUAGAAGUUUGGAGUUGGACCUGUAUUGAUUCAGAAACAUUUGGUUAUUGUGGAGAUUUCAUAGUUGAGAAAAUGUAUCAAUACGCAAAAGACCGUUCUAGUAUUGUUGUGGUGGCAAAAGAGGAUUUCUCAAAUCAAUUAAUUAAUCCAACAUUCACACUUACAAUUACAAAAGGAAAAAGAUUUGUUUCCAGUUCCAUCACUUUGAAAAUUUCUCAUCCGCCUCCAAUUGUUAAUGUUAUUGAUAUUUCACCUAAAUUGAAAACAAAAAUUAAUGACAAUGACAAGAUAUCCAUAGAGAUUAAACAUCCUGACCAAGAUCCAGCAGAUUCAACUCUGUCAGUGAAAACUCAAUGGAAAAUUGAUGGCACAAUUGUUUCUGAAUGUGAAACCUCAAAAGUUUCUAAUGAAAUUCAAACAAUAUCCUCCACAAUUUCUUCUCCAUAUAGCAACAUCAAGAUUGUUAACAAGAAUCAACAAAGUUCUAUCAUUGUUGACUCAAAAGAAUUAGAGUAUGGAAUGAAACAUUCAAUUCAACUCAAAGUUUCGUUUGUAAAUAAGAACCAUGAUGAAAUUGCAGCCUCAGAAGUGUUCAACAAUUUUGUAAAAUCCCAACCCCCAAAGAAGUGUCCUUGUAAAAUCUCUCCUUCUACUGGUAUUUCAAUGAAGACUGACUUUUCAUUCAGUUGUGAUAAUUGUCAAAACGAAGACAACACAAUUGAAAUCAAACAAGGAUACAUUGAUAGGGAAACUGGAAUUAAAGUUUCUGUUCCACUGUCACAAGAUUCCACAAUGAAAAUACCUUCCAUUCCAUCCUCUUUGAAUGAUGAAACUGUUACUUUAUUCAUUGAAUUGAUUGACACCAAUACAGGUGAAUCAAGACUUAUGAAGUCUAUCGUUACCGUUAGACCAGAUACUGUUUCAAGUUUAUCUGAAAUAAUGGAGCAAGUCUCGAAUCAAACAAACCUUAUUUCCGCCUUUGUAAAGGAUGGUGAUACAAGUAGGAGCGUUUCUCAAACAAUCAACACUGUUAUUUCAACCACUCAACUGCUCCAAAGUCUGCCAUCAACUUCUAAGGAUUCAUCAAUUAUCAGCUCAAUUCAAUCCAAGUUACUAGAUACCUUGGCUAGUUCAGUUCAAACUGCUGGUAAGGAUUCUGCUCCAGAAUCAUCAGCAAUCACAAUUUUAGCUGUGAAUGCAAUGAUUAAAAGUGAGAAUAUAAUGGAAACUCCAGUCAUUAGAAAAUCAAUUACAGUUCUUAACAAUGUUAUACAAUUGACAAUUAAGAGUAAGGUAGAUAUAUUCUCUCAGUCAUUCAAACCACUGAUGAAUACUAUUGGUACUCUUAGCACACAAGUUUCAAAGAUGAAAUUGUUGAGAGAUCAAUUCGAACACUACGAGUCCAUAGCAAUAAUUGCUAAAGAUUAUGUUCUUUCCUUCGUUCAAGUCCAAUCAGUGUCUGUUGAUCCAGCUGCUCUGCAACAAGAGGUUGCUAAUGUAAAGGCAGACAAGGUUUAUUUAACAGAUUUUUCUUCAUCUAUUGUGACCUCUCCUCCAACCAAAGAAAGAGUUAUUUCUUAUCAAGCUUAUGUCAAAAUACCAUCGAUUGAGUUUACUGAAAUUAAUGAGUAUGCAGAGUUGACAUAUUGUAUUGUGAUGAAAGAUCAUGUUCCCACAAUUUUCACACAAAUAAUUGAACAAGAUUUGAAUAUCUCAUCCUUAAUAGUAGUAUCACCACAGAGUGUCAGCUUUUCACUUUCUUCCCCUAAAUUGCUAACCGCUGAUUUACCUAACAAGAUUGCUGUUAAUGUUCACAUCAACGACGAGGAAUUCAUCUCAAGUGAGGACUCAUUAUAUUCUUGUAUUAUUAUUCAACCAGAUUUAGAGUAUGAUACAAGUAUGUGUACAGUCUUUGGGCGUGAUAGUGCUACCAAUUCAAUAACUUGCAAUUGUAACUUUGAAUCAUGGAAAAUAGAAAAUCUCAUUGUUAUUAAGGAUUUGAAAAAAUCUCGUUCACCACCCAAAUCCUCGAAACUUCAGAAUAAUAGUAGUAUCAUUAUUAUUAUUCUUUCUGUUGUUAUCCCUAGUGGAUCAUUGAUUAUUAUAUUAUCUGGUGUUGUUGCAUUGUUAUGUUGUGUUUAUUGUGUUAAGAAAAGAAAACCAAAGAUUAAUCCAUACAAUGAAAGCAAUGGCUUGCAUUCGCAUAAUAUCAAACAGCCCUCCAAAAUUAUGGAUAGCUCUUUAAUAUCUAUCCACCAAUCAGACUCGUCAAUGUCAUUACUCUAA